UUCUUAUUAUUCAAAAUGGAGAUGAUAUCCACUUUAUGGAUUUCUUCAUACAGUACUAUUAGGUAUUCAGUGAAUUUCCAAAAUAUAUAUGGGUCAAACAAAUAUAUGAACUUUCUACCAAAAAAUAUUUAUAUGAACUUUCCAAAUUACUUUUUAUAGUCAAACUUUCAUCACGUAUCACAAAUUCACAAUACAGUACAAACUCUUUUCUAUUUAUACAUCGAGCGAGCCAAAGAUACAUACAAUUCCAACCCACACAACUAAUUCUUUUGAAACCUUCUAAAAAAAAAUAAGAAAUAAAAAUGGAACUAAAACAAACCAAGGUGAUGUGUUUCUUGUUAGUCCUAAUCUUGGCAUUGAAUUUCCGACCAUCGGAAGCAGCUCCGCGGUUCGUCUUGUGUUCAACAACCAGAAUAGACAGCGUGCCAAGAUGUUACGAAGCGUUGAGAUUAGCGGUGCACAGAGAUAUUAGAUUGUUAACAGGAGAAUGCUGCAGAGCAGUAUUCGCAACGCUUCCUGUUACUUGCUUCUUGCAACUUACUUCUGAACUUGCUUUACCAAUGACUUCCUUCAGAAAUAUUUGUGAUGCUGUUAAACCUCCAGCUCUAUGACCAACUUCAUGAUUUUUGUGUAUCUUUCAAUUAUAAAAUAAAAAAUGAAAUAAUACUUUUGAAUUUUCU